AUGGAUUUUAUCUCUAGGGCAAGUCUAAUGAAUGUGUUCUAUUUUAUUGGUUUUAGAGCAUGCCAAAAGAUAUUGGGAACAAAGGGUUCUACAGUUCCAGUUCCAGUUCCUGUUCCACUUCCAGAAGACAAAGAAGGAGUUUAUGUCCGACCUAUUUGUGCAUACAAGGGCUACAAGGUUCAAGCUACAGUUCGAAGACAGAUGCUGUAUUUAUUUCAGCAGAAGUUGGAUGAAGGAUUUUGCUACAUCUUGUCUUUCUUUACUGUUGCUCCAACACCAAAUGAACAAGUGCUGGUUGUGGCAUAUGAAACUGCAGAAUAUCAGGGUUCAAAUUUGUUCAUGGGAAAUAUUGGUGAUUCAAGAGCAAUCAUGGGAUCUAAGGAUAGCAAUGACUCGAUGGUGGCGAUUCAGCUGACCGUUGAUUUGAAACCUGAUUUGCCAAGAGAAGCAGAAAGUAUUAAGAAGUGCAAAGGUAGGGUAUUUGCAUUGGAAGAUGAACCAGAAGUUCCUAAGGUGUGGUUACCUUAUGAUGAUGCACCAGGAUUAGCAAUGGCUAGAGCAUUCGGAGAUUUUUGCUUGAAGGAGUAUGGUGUCAUUUCUAUACCUGAAUUUACGCACCGGCUUCUCACAGACAAAGACCAGUUCAUUGUUCUUGCCUCGGACGGGAUCUGGGAUGUUUUGAGCAAUGAAGAGGUGGUGGAGAUAGUAUCAUCAGCACCGAAUCGAUCAUCAGCAGCGAGGGUUAUAGUGGAAUCUGCCGCACGAGAGUGGAAACAUAAAUAUCCGACUUCAAAAAUGGACGACUGUGCUGUUUUGUGCCUAUUUUUGGAUGGGAAAAUCAACUCAGAAGAAUCUGAUUGUGAUGAACAAUGCUAUUCUUCUGCAACCAUCCAGAAUAACAACGAUUUGAGUAAUCCAGUUGAGUUGGACGAAGGUCAAAAGUCCGAGCCAUCUUUGCGAAGGAACUACACUGUUAGAUCCUCAGAAGAAAUUGAGAAAUGUGUAGGAGGAGAAUCUGUUGAUGUUGAAGAUGGAACAUCAACAGCUGAAGAUCAAAACUGGUUAGCUCUAGAAGGUGUCACCCGAGUAAACUCACUGGUACAACUUCCUAGAUUUUCUGAAGAAAAGCCUAACUCUUGAAAUCUGUUUAUUCAGUUCGAACUCUUUGUUGUAAUGCCUAUAUCAACACAAUGAAUUCAAAAAGGAUUAUUUUUUUAUUUGGUUAAUUACUUGUAGUAAACGACGAUUAAUUAGUGUCAACGAAACAAUAAAUAUGUCUGCCGACCGACAUUAAGAAUGAAGCUAGAAGCAAUUCAUAGUUUUCUUCA